AUGUCGACUGAUGUCGACCGAGGAACGGUGGUAGAGGAGUGAUGUAUAAUACGUUGACGACUGUUAUCAUGACCACCUUCAUGACAAUAUCCUUCGGUUGAGAAGGUGCGCCGUAAUCAGUUUAUACACGAGAAGGAGACUGUGUUGACGAGAAAUCUACUUUAUUGCGGCUGAUCAGAGACAAGUUUUCGCUCUUUCCUCUCGUUCUCUCUCUCUCUCUUUCUAUCUCUGGUAGCAGCGGCAGAGAAGGAGAGGUCCAGCCGCGCAAGAGAGUGCCGCAUUAGAUCUUCGUGCCGUCGUACCGUAUCGUACCGUACCGUACCGUACCGUUCCGUUCCGGGGGCGGUGAUCGGCGCGAUCGGCCGAGCGGAGCGGAGCGGAGUGCAGCGGCAGCGCAAGGGACCCUAUGUCAAAUCGACGUCGACGGCGAGGACGAAGCGCGCCAGCAUGAAGAAACUAUUCUCCAAGAUCGACAACACGUCGAAGGAACCCAACAGUUACCUGGGGAAGGUGUUUGUCGUGGGCCGCCAUACCGUCACCGUUGAAGAAGUCCUGGCAGAAGGAGGAUUUGCGAUUGUGUUUUUGGUCAAAGCCUCAGGUGGACGAUAUGCACUUAAACGAAUGUAUGUCAACAAUGAACAUGAUCUCAAUGUAUGCAAAAGAGAAAUUCAAAUUGCUAGCAACCUGAGUGGUCAUAAAAAUAUCAUAGGAUAUGUAGAUAGUAGCAUAACUCACACCACUGGAGGAAUACACGAACUUCUGCUUUUAAUGCCUUACUGUAAAUCUCAAGUUCUUCAAAUGAUGAAUAACAGGUUGCAAACAGGUUUCAGUGAAUCAGAAGUUUUACAAAUUUUUUGUGACGUUUGUGAAGCUGUGUCAAGAUUGCAUCACUGUCAAACGCCCAUAAUUCAUAGAGAUCUCAAGGUGGAAAAUAUAUUGCUCGCUGACAGCGGUCAUUACGUUUUGUGUGAUUUUGGAUCUGCGACGGGAAAGGUUCUUAAUCCCGGUGUUCACGGUGCUGCUGUAGUCGAGGAAGAAAUAAAGAAAUACACCACUUUAAGCUAUAGAGCACCUGAAAUGGUUGAUAUGUACUGUGGAAAGCCUAUUACUACAAAAGCAGAUAUUUGGGCUUUAGGAUGUUUGUUGUAUAAACUCUGCUUUUUUACACUACCGUUUGGCGAAAGCACGCUUGCCAUACAAUCUGGAAAUUUCACUAUACCGGAUAAUUCAAGAUAUAGUAGAGCACUCCAUUGUUUAAUUCGAUAUAUGCUUGAGCCAGAUCCUGACAUACGUCCUGAUAUUUAUCAAGUUUCCGCAAUUGCUUUUCAAAUUCAGGGCAAAGAGUGCCCUGUGCAAAAUUUACAUAAAAUCCCAAUUCCAACGAUAGAUUCGUUAUCAUGCCCACCUAUGGAAUCCGAAAAUAUUAAAAGAUCGGCAUCUGUAAAAACUCCGAAACCUACGCCUAUAACGACGGUUGAGGGCACAUCUGUGACGCCGAGGCAAAGACCAAAGGGGCAAGCCGUUAGCGCGGGACCGAUCAAUUUGAGUGGUCAAAUCGUAGGACAAAUAUCAGGUCAAGGAAAUCAGACGCAAACUACGCCGUCAAAUUCUAUCUCUUAUGUUCAAGUAUCGCCACACGUUUGCACCCCCAGUCAAAAUGUUCCCUUUGGCCAGUCGCAGGGACAACCGUCGCAGUACGGUCAAUCACAGAGCCCAAUGAUCAGUCAUUCUCCUUUAACUCAGCAGUCACCCGUUACUGUUCAAGAUAAAAAUGCAUUUUACUUCGAUUCGAGGCAGCACGAUGCGAGAGCUACGACAAACAUGAACGAGAAAAAUUUGGAAGCUCUAUUUCCGCCGUCAGGAUAUCCAGAUCCAUUCAAGGAUGAUGCGAGAGCAAUGCCGCCACCUGCCAAAAUACCACCUCCUGUUGCACCGAAACCCGGCAAGAUUCUUCCGAAACUAUCUAAUCCUAGUUAUCCAUCGUCAUCCAAAUAUCCGCCAGUCACUUCAUUACCGUCGAAAUUAUCCAUUCCGACAGGGCCUAACAAGGCGAUUCCACCAACGGUGACGCCACCGGCUUUGCCGAAACCGGUUAAUAAGACAGAAAGUUUGAGUCAAAAUAUAAGUUCGAGCAUAUCUCCGCCUGACAGUCCGACAUUAUCGUCCUCACGUCAUAGGAGAAACGUCAGUGACACGAGUGCUUUUAAUAAAGCAUUUGCAACUGAAACCACUCAAUUCUUAGCGCCAUAUGAGGCUUCGGUCAAGCCACGUUCAGAUGAUCCAACUACGCCACCAGAACUUCCAAGUGACACAAGGCCUUGUAUAGCAACUAGUGCUUCGCAUGUACGUGUUGGUGAACUUUCAAGCCUAAUGGGAUCAGAAGAAAGGUCAUUGAGCGCAGACGUAGCAACGUGGAAUCCGUUUGAGGAUGUACAACCUUUUAAUCAGUUAACGGAAGAUCAUAUCUUUGGUGCUGAAUUUGAUAAAAUAAGGAGAGGAAGCAACACCAGUAUUAGUGGGGUAAAAAGUCGCGAAAGCCUUGUUAUGACAUAUACGGAAUUACCAGAAGAUCCUUUUGAAUCUGCACCCUUUAGCCUGCCAACGGGAAAGAAGAAUAAAAUCGGGUCAAAGACUGCUGCUAUUGCUGGAGGGAAAUCAACGAACGGUAGAGCGAAGGUGCCCUUGGCGCAGUGGAAUUCCGGAGUUGAGCAUGGUGGCAACGUCGGUAGCGUGGACGACGAGGCAUCCUUGAUCACAGAAUCCAGCCCGGUUUCACCGCCGUUUGUCCGUGCGCCAGCGGAGGAUCGUUCUAAGUACGAAAAGUUGGCAUUCAAUGCCGAUGAAAUAUCGAGUGAUAGCGACAAGGAAACCAAGGAAGUGAAGGAGCGAGCGAAGAAGGCAAAGAGAAGGCGUGUAAAGAAUGUGUUGAGCCGCAGAAGAAGAGUCGCUGCCCAGCUGCAUGACAACGCGGAAAACGCGACGAACGUGGAUUAUGAGUCGGAUGAUUCGAUCGGUUCGGCCAGCGACCUACGCGCAAUGAACGACGAGGAAGGUAAUGACGGCGAGGUAAACGACGAUGAGGACGAUGAGGACGGCGACGUGUGCGGAAAGCACGACGAGACCAUCUCUGAGAGUGUGCGCACGUGUGGCAGCUCCGCGUAUCACGCGGAAUGCGAGUCUGUUGCGACACACGAAGAUGAUUAUAGGAUGAAGAGGCCGAGGAAGCACCACUAUCGACAGCACGAGCAACAGCUGCCGACAAUCGAUGCGGAUCCGAUUGUUGGCCAUCAAUAUGGUGAGAAGCCAUUGUUGUUGGACGACGAAUUAGAUCCAGAGUCCAAACCGGAGCAAUCGCAUGGCGAUCCUUUCGUGCGACAUCAAUAUGGCUCAAAGCCGCUGUUGUUUAACAACGGCGAUAGCUCGUCCGACGAUAACGACAAGUCCAAGUCGCUCAAUAACGGGAUCUGGAAAGUGGAAGAUGACGUGUUCGCCUUGGCACCUUUUCCGAGGUCCAGCAGCUCGCGAAAGAGCAGCGACAGUCGCGAGAGCGAGUCCAGGAACAUCGAUCUAGGCGGCAGUGCGAGGAACUCGCCUCACAACUCGAAUCUGGUGACGCCGAUCUCGAGUUCGCCUAUACCGGCGGAGGUGUUUGUGGACAUGGUGGAAAGCAAACCCGCGCUUCCGCCGUCCAAGUCCGCCGUUCUCUCUUGUAAAUAUCCCAAAAGUAUUGCAAUUGUGAAUAGCAAGAUUAUCUACGAAGAGCCAGUGUCGUUCCAUCAGCCGAGCGUUAUCCAAACGUCGUCGCCAGUCAAAAACAGUCCUCAUGUCAGCGUUGCUGAAGAGGAAGAGGAGGAGCAAGAAGAGGAGAACAUUGAGAAGGAUCUCUUUGGUUCUUCCCCGUUUAGCCCGAGUGGAUUCACCAAUCCUUUUAAUAACGCUCAGUCCAAUUUUUCGAACAUCGAUUCCGCGCCGACUCAGCCCUUGUCAAUUCUGAGUCCAGUCGGCCCUUCAUCAUACAUUGAUUAUGCCAACUGCGUUUCACUGCAGUCUCAUAACAUGACAUCAGACAAUUAUUUCACUAGUCACUCGAGCACAAUCGCGUCCACGUCGAAAUAUGGCAGGGUGACGGUGAACUCCGACCCAACGAUUAGUGUGGAACCCUCCAAGGAUCUCUUCGGAUCGAUUCCAUUCGAGGAAUUCGCCUCACUGAAGCUUAAUGAGCAACAACAGCAGCAGCAGCAACGCCCGACGUCUCUGUCGCUGUCGCAGUCGCUGUCACAAUUGCAGUCACAGUCGCCGAACUACGUAGACAACGUCGCGUUAACGACGACAUUGCCGAUCAGCAGCGUUGUGCAAUCCCCAAAGAAUACUAUCGUUCAUUUAACACCCACCCUGCAAUCACAGCCACAACCGUCCGCCUAUAUGAUUCAAACGACCACCACACAUACCGCAAGAAUCACCGUGCACGCAGUCAACAGCGUCUCUAAGGUGGACAUCACUUCCAAUAUGAUGUCACCCAUGUCGCCCGAACCUCUGGUCGCUACGGAUGACGACACGCCGAAACACAACAAGAAAGACAAAUCCAAAUCGGAUAAGUCUAAGUAUCACCUGAUCAAUGAAAACCACGGUGAUAUCACCGAUGUAUUACCGACUUAUAAGGCGUCUCACAAGAUCAAAUCAGCAAGCCACAAAAAAACACCCAAGGGCAAGAAGAGCACGGCCGCAACCGCUGGUUUCAGUAAUAUGAGCUUCGAAGAUUUUCCCAGUGACGAGAACGAAGAGAGGCAGACAGAUCGAAUGAAGGUAGCGCCUUUUGAGGUGAUCCGCGAAGCGUCGGAGAAGCGUUUUGGAUCAUUGAAGAGACGGAGCAAUCCGUUCACCUGAAAUGAGAUGGUUUUUGUUAGAAGCUAGUUAAUACAAAGCCGUUUAUUAGCAACACAGAAACUGAUAGAGCAGCGAUAUGAUAUAGUUGAUUAAUUCGUUGUGUAUAUUGUAGAGAUAAACCUCGGUAAACACACCGUUCUAUACACACAAAAUUAUUUGAUUGAUCAGAGUUUUAUUACGUGUAUUGUGAAUGUACACACAUACGCACACUAACAGCGUUAGCAAGAUAUUAAUCUUAAUAGAUAAUAAAAAUGACAUGAUAAAAUUUCCAAUUGGGAGUUGAUACACAGGUUGUAUAUAUGUAAAAAACGUUUGCGUUUAAGACAAUUUGUUUUUCGGACGCGCAAAUACAUCAAGAGUGAAAUUCCGAGUGAAUAAAGUUGCGUUUGUUUCACAUGCUUGUUUUCGGUUGCGCGUUUGUGAAAAAAUAAUAAAUCAGAGAAAUUAAUUUAUUUAAUAGAUCUCUCGUAGAAGAUUGCAAAAAGUAAUAUUUAAAAUUUUUAUCUCUAUGAUUAAGCCAAUGCAUCGAAUGCUGCAGUGUUAGAAACUGCUUCUUUAAAUGCUUAACUUGUUCUCGAAUUAACAAAAUUCUACGAUCAUGAUCAACAUCUUUUUGACACCCAUUCAUUUUUUCACAAACGUCAACAAUGUGAUGUGAUAGCAGCAAAAGCUGCAUAUGUUUAUAUCAGAAGAUAUACAACAUGAGCAGAUAUAUUUAUAUGUACACACAUGCCUAACUGACAAACGUGUGAUGGUAUAAAGCGUGAUUUACACUAUAAUGUCGGAAAGUAUUAAUUCAUAUACUACCAUUUUUUAAUUACUUUUUGCAUUUUUAGAAGAUUUACACAGAUAAGACAGAUAGAUAAGAAAUUGACGGAAAAAAAGACAUUAUAUUAAAGAAAACUUGAUUUUUAAAGUAUUGAAAAGAAAGAGUGAGAAAGAUAGAGAGAGAGAGAGAGAGAGAGAGAGAGAGAGACAGAGAGAGACACUUAUGAUUUAACAUAAAACCAGGUUGUGAAACUUGGCAGCUCGAUACCAAAAAUGAUAAAACUAGGUAGAGAAAGCUCGUGCAUCUAUUUUUGCAGCUAAGUCUUUUCACUACGUUUGUACUUUACAAAAUUUGUAGAUUUCUACUAGUUCAAUCUACUAGUUCAUACAAAGCAAUUUUUCUAAGAAAGUUAAUCUGUGUACUAUAUACAUAUAUAUACCUGUAAACAUAAUUCAUUGCAAAAUCGGUGAAAAAGAUAAUUUUUUUUAUAUAUUUAUGGUCUCUUGGAGAAGAGAUUAUAACAGAGUAUGAUUAACAUAAUGAAUAAUUUAGAAAUUAGUGUUACAAAGGCGCAGAUAAUAGCAUUGUGAAGCGAUUCAUAACAUUUGUAAAGGAGCGAAUAGGCUCGCCUAGAAUUGGCCUUACCGUGUAAGACUGACUUAUUGUUUAACAGUCUCGAUUUACAUUUUCAUUGUGUAAGAUAGCUAUGUUUUGACAACAUUAUGAUUCAUAGACACGAAUUAUUCGAAACAAAUACUAAUAACGCGAUUACUAUGCCUCUUAUGA